UUAAACGGUCUAUGUCCAACAACGCCCACGGACAAAACACGGGUCGGACAAUCUGGACAUUGGUCAGCCCAUUGAUCGGACCAUUCUAGGUCAAAAUCGAUUUCAGGAAAAUCUUUAAACUCAUUUCUCAUUUUCUUAAAACUUGUUCGGCGAUAUUCUUUUGAUGAUUUCUCCAGCGAUACCAUCUGAUUUCCUUCAAUCUCCAGCGAUACCAUCUGCUUCCCUUCAAUCUCUGUCGAAUUCAGUGGUCAGCUACCAUCUUUGUCUUUUGGACACUCUCGAGUCUGUGUCUCUCUCUCAUCUCUUUGUCUCCACCGCACUAUUGCAUCCUCGCCGAUCAGUAAUAACAUUUACUCCGAUGGAAGAGAUUGAUGCCGUUCCAAAACCAGUUGUUGUUGACCCUCCAUUGUACGAAGAAGAAGCGGCUCCUCCUCCUCCUUCGGCUACUCAGCGCCGGCUGGUGGUGAACGCCGCCGGUGAAGAGAACCAUCUCAUUCAGCGGAUUCAGAGAGCUCUUGCGGAACUGCGUGAGUUGAGGAAUCAGUUUAAUGCCAUUCUUAGGGGACUAGAACUCCAAGUAGGAGAAGACGAAGAUCAAGCGGAGUCAUCAGUGGAGGAUCCAGAAGACUCUGAUGAUUCUUAGUAUUGUGUGUAUUAAUUAGACUUGUUUUGUUUCUUUCUCACUAGUAAUCUAUUCUACAUCAUGUUUCUGUCUCUUCUCUGCCUUGUGUGAAAUCAGCUUUGUGUCA